GAUUCAAGUCGACAUUCUAACUUUCACUUUCUCUUCUGUCUUGCCUGUCAUGGUCAGACUCACUUGAUCGCCAACGAGACGAACCCUUGAUGGUUUAAAAUUAUUGGACAGUUAUUGUUUAUUCUUAUAUUAAAUAUAUAUGUAUUUAGUCAAUCAUCUGUCGCGUGACUCGGAUCAAAAAGGUGCAGUCAUGGGAGAUUUACUGAAGGAAAUACAGAUCAUGUCCCCAGAGGCAGCAGACGUCCUGAAACAAGCAGGUUUGGAAACCGACAGUGACAUCCAGUCACUGACUCGAGAGGACCUGACCCAGCUGUUACCCAGAGCCGGGGAUUUCAAACUGAGAAAGAACGUGUUUGAGAUGAUUCACAAAUCGAGGCCAACAAAUAUGCUGCAAAAAGAACUGGGAGAUCUGAAAAAAAAAUUGGUCACCUCUGCCCACAUUGACCCUGGGGUCUUUAUGGACCACAACCGUUUCAUUGAUGAACAAUUGAAAACUGUGCAGCUCCUCCUUAAUGAUACUAAGGACCUACUGAAGAUCAUCAACACAGGGCAGCCGGACUCAAAAGCUGAAAAAGGUGCAGUCAUGGGAGAUUUACUGAAGGAAAUACAGAUCAAGUCUCCAAAGGCAGCAGACGUCCUGAAACAAGCAGGUUUGGAAACCGACAGUGACAUCCAGUCACUGACUCGAGAGGAUCUGCACGAGGUGUUACCCAGACGCAAUGAUCUCAGACUGAGAAAGGACUUGUUUGAUAAGAUAAAAAAAUCGAGGCCACCAAAUAUGCCGCUGAAUGAACAGGGGGAGCUGCAAAAUAAUUUGGCCAGCUCUGCCCAAAUUGACCCUGGGGUCAUUAUGGAACACAUCGGCCUCAUUCAUGAACAAUUGGAAUAUGUGCAGCGCCUCCUUAAUGAUGAGAACCGACUGAAGAACAUCAACACAAGGCAGCCGUACUCAAAAGCUGAUGAAGGUUAUUUGUCAACAAGAGGUGGCCAUCCACAAGGAGCACAAGGAGACUCAAACGCCAGGACGUCACCACACUACUUUCAGGAAGUCACAGUGAAGUACAAGAUGGUUGUCAGAGGUCAAACCUUUGGCGCCCAUACACAGCUGAUGGAUCAAGUGAAGCGCGCCACUAAGGGCGACGUUCGGCUUUUGGAAAACUCUCAGGACAGCCAGAUUAUUAUUGUCUUCUGUCCAAUCACUUCACGCAUUGAGUGGGACGUGAAGGCAGCGAUGAGUGGUGUCCCAGGUGACAAACCCGUCAUUCUGGUGAAAAUGCACCAUGUAUGUGAGUCCAAGUCCUCACUGUGUUCAAAUACAUCGAUUGAUGACAGGAAUAUUGUCUUGCAGGUCAAUGUUUUCUACCAUGAGAACUUACGUGGGUUACUGGAGUGCAAACUAAAUGAAAAGGGUGUCUCUGGGAUAAAACAAGAAUUACUGAAGCACAGUGUUCAUAGAAGUACAGAUACCAGGGCAAGUACUUCUCGUUGGAAUUUUAGUGUGCCAAAACUUCCUAGCCUGAAGAAGUCGGGCGUGGAGGAUGGGCGUGGAGGCACAACAGGUGGGGCGCGCGGCCACGAGGGGAAAAUGUGAGGCGGAACUAAUAUUAACGGCGGAGCAGUAAACAAGUCACAGUCAAGGCGGUAGGACAUGAGGAGAGACCAGUGUGUAUUUAUGUCUGAAAACUCUAUAAGACCCAACAAAUUAAGAAGAUCCUUAGAAACAUUACACCCCAGUCACAUGCAUGUGUACUUUUUGGCUGAGCUUUAUCAUCUUUGUAACAAAGUGAUGAUGAUUGAAUUCAUGAAAAAAAUUCUAGCUCCAAAGUGGGGCAUGACAGAAAAAGUUGGAGAACCACAUGGCUGGAUAACAAUCUUGUUUACAAACAAACAACAUAACCACUUUGAUGGAGGUAAAAAAAUAAAUAAUGCAAUGGAUGGUAUGAGCUCCAACAUCAGAAACAAAAUGAAAACAAUUAUUAAGAAGUCUGGGGCCCCCUGCUUGAGCUGCUCCCCCCGCGACCCGACCCCGGAUAAGCGGACGAAAAUGAGAUGAGAUCUUGAGCUAAAUAUAUAUUAGAGGUAUGUUGAACAUUGUUAUAACUUUAAAAUCACAGAGGAGAAGAUGACAUUAAUUGAGUUUUUUUUCCAUGUCUGCUGUUAAUUUUCUAAAGUUGCCAUCAUUUAAUGUGUUGUGUCUUUGUACCAGUCAUGGUUUUUAAGUAAGAGAUUAACAAUGCAGAGGCUACACAUUCAGUGAUCAGACAACUUUGUGUAUUGACCUACGAGAGACAAAACUAUGAAUAGAUUCGCAAAUGAAGGUUGUUUUAAUGUACAUUUUGCUGUAACUGCUUAUAAUGGAAUGCUUCAGAAUACAUGAUGUAUAAUUACUGUACAUGAUAAAACAAAAUAAACUUCAAGUAUGGGUAUGACCAUAA